AUCAGUGCAGAUUCAUUAUCAGUGGAAUUUCGGGGCGUUCUUGGUGUUUUAUUUGGCCGCUGAAAACUUGUUGCGGCUACAUUGAGUAAUUUAUUGCUUGUGAAUGUCUAUUUGAUAUUAUUCUAAUGGAUAGUGAGCCACCAUCCGAUGGUCGUCUGAUCGAUUUAGUGGACAACGAGUGGAUCGCCGACGAGCUGCCGUACGACCACAUUUUAGUGCCUUCCGAUAAGCUCCCUGAUCCGGAGGCAGAUAAUGGUGACUCCCAUUUGACGCUGAAAGAGCAGGAGCAAAAAUGGACUGAUCUGGCGCUUUCAUCGUUGGCUCCGGAUUUGUCCGUGACUGAGCAAGUCAACUUUCCGGGAGUGUAGUGGAGGCAGUGAGGGCCCCCCUCCCUGUCUACGAAGAUUGUUUUUGUUUUAACUCAAGUGACUAAUCGAACAACAGUAUACAGAUAGCAAAGAAUAGUUUAACAUUACCACUAACAUUAUGAAUCGCCACCUACAUU